AUGCGAGGACGUGUCAGUCAGCAGUCUGCAGCAGGAUGGUGUGUGGCACUGGGGUCCAGGGAGGAAGCGUCGCAGGGCCCGGUGUUCCUGCAGGAGCCGCCGCACCGUGCAGACUUCUCCAAUUCCUCCGGUGUCGCCAUUCACUGUGCAGCACACGGCAAACCGCCUCCGAGGAUCUCGUGGCUGUUGUCGGACGGGAGCGAGGCGUCCGCGGUGUCCGGGCUGCGGCAGGUGCUGGACAACGGCACGCUGCUGCUGGCGCCCUUCCCGGCCGAGCGCUACCGCCCAGAGGUGCACAGCGCCGCCUACCGCUGCGCCGCCCACAACUCCGCCGGCACCAUCGUCAGCCGGCGCGUCCAGGUCCGGGCUGCUGUGGAGAAGCAGCACUAUGAGGUGCAGGUGUAUGACGAGUUCGUGAUGGUUGGCAACACUGCCGUACUACGCUGCCACGUGCCGUCCCUGGUGAGGGACCACGUGGUCGUCACGUCCUGGCUACGGGGGAACGCCGAGCGCAUCGUCACUGACAUCCAGUCAGGUGGCCGUUAUUCUGUGUUCCCGUCUGGGGAGCUGCAUAUACGUCACGUGACGCAGGCGGAUGGCGCGCUGCCCUACCGCUGCGAGACCAGGCACCUGCUGACGGGGAAGUCCCGGCUCAGCAUCUCAGCCGCCAGACUGCUGGUGACGUCACCGCAGAGCUCUGUGCCUCCCCGCAUCACGGACUCGCGCAGCCACGUGCAGGCGCGCCACCGGCAGCCCGUGGAGCUGCCGUGCGCAGCGCAGGGCUUCCCGCUGCCCUCCUACACGUGGUUCCGCAGCCAGGGCGCCUCCAGCCAGCGCGUCGCCCUGGAGGACCGCGUGCGGCAGGUGGGCGGCAGCCUCCUGCUGGCGGCCGCGCUGCUCAGGGACUCGGGCCGCUACGUCUGCGUCGUCAACAACUCGGUGGGCGCCGAGCGCGCCUCCACCUCGCUGCUCGUCACCACGCCGCUGUCGGCCUACGUGGCGCCGCAGCAGCAGACGGCGGACGUGGGGCGGACCGCGCAGCUCAACUGCUCCACCGAGGGCCACCCCCAGCUGGCCGUCUCCUGGCUCAAGGACGGCCGGCCGCUGCACACCUCCAGCAGGGUCAGGCUGCUAACCCCGCAGACAUUGCGCAUCGAACACGUGGAGCAGCAUGAUGCAGGGAUGUACCAAUGUGUGGUCUCCAACAAUGACGAGACUGCUCAAGGAACAGCACAGAUCUCACUGGGAGAUGCGGCGCCAGUGCUGGUGAAGACGUUCGGCGCGGCGACGUUGACGCCAGGUUCCGCGUGGUCUGCAGAGUGCGAGGCCGCUGGCUCCCCGCUGCCCUCCGUGUCCUGGCGGCGAGACGGGAACGCCCUCGCCACCUCACAGCAGCACACGCUGCAGGACGGCGGCGUGUACGAGUGCGUGGCCAGCAGCGCGGCCGGCGCCGCCUCCCACGCCGCCCCCCUGCACGUCGUGGGCCCGCCCCACGUCCGGCCCAUGCCAGACCAGAGGGUUGUCGCCCACACCGACGCCGCCUUCCACUGCCGCGUCACCGGCUACCCCGUCAGCCAGAUACGCUGGGAGAAGGAGGGAACCACGCUACCGGACAACGACAGACAGCAAGUGUUCCAGAAUGGGACACUCAUAAUACAGAACAUGCAGAAACAUUCCGAUGAGGGAGGUUACGUGUGCGUAGCGACGAACCCCGAUGGACUCACUUCAAGAAGCAAGCUGAAUAUUCAGGUCCUGGAACCCCCUCAGAUAGACCCAAUAUCGACAAAGCCGGACCUGCAGAGAGGAAUGCGGACGCACCUGUCUUGUAUCGUCAGUAAAGGCGACCUCCCGAUCGAGAUCAGCUGGCUGAAAGACGGCGCGCCGGUCCCCGAGGACGAGGAGGUCUCCGAGAAGACCAUCGACGACUACUCGAGCACGCUCAGCUUCCGCAGACUCGCCCCCAGGCACGCCGGAAACUACUCCUGCCACGCGGCCAACGCAGCAGCCUCCGCCCACUACACUGUGCAGGUUACUGUGAACGAGCCGCCAUCUUGGAAGCGUCAGCCCAAGGACACGCAAGUGGAGGCCGGCAGAUCCGUGACGCUGCCCUGCUCUGCAGACGGUUCUCCUGUGCCGAAAAUCCUCUGGAAGAAGGAUUCCGGGUCCUCGCCACCCAACUUCCAGGAUGUCAGCAUGCUCAUGUCCAACUACAAGUAA